AUGUCUAUGGUAUCACAGACGCUGCAGGGCGCGGUGCUCAGCAUCACGUCCAACGUCCUCGCGCAGGGCUUGUCAGCCUACAAGGAUAGCACACCCUUUUCUCUCAACAUCAACCAAGUCCUCAAAUUCGCCGUCUUCAGCAUCGUCAGCAACCCACCAAACAUCCUCUGGCAAGGCCUUCUCGAGGACCUCUUCCCCACAAACGUCCCCUCCACCGCGCGCGAUCCAGAUGUCAAGACGGUCAAGCCUGCCAAGACGGAGAAGAGCAAGAAGAAUAUAUUCAUCAAGUUCCUGCUGGACCAGACCAUCGGCGCUGUUGUCAACACACUGAUGUUCUUGGUGUUCAUGGGCUACGUGAAUGCACCCCAGCAAGGCACGUUGAGCACACAGAGCAGCUGGGAUGUGGUUAGGAAGGAAUGCGAGCAAAAGCUGUGGCCGAUGAUCAUGGACGGAUACAAGUUCUGGCCGGCCAUCAGCCUGAUCAGCUUCGUCUGGGUGCCAGUGGAUAAGAGGGUAGUCUUUGGGUGCUCGGUCGGCGUGGCUUGGGGCAUCUAUCUUAGCCUCAUGGCUGGUGCGUAA